AAUCUCUUCGAUGUCGUCUGCUUGAAGACAGUACGAAACGAGUCUGAUCUCAACUACUGGGUUGAGAAGUACUUUGCCUAUGACGAGAGAGCCAACGACGCGGACACGUACAGUGAUAACCACACGAUAUUGCCACAGUGUGAUGUGGGAUUUACCACACGACAUGGGUUCACAUCUGCGGUGACGGACGAGGAACUCCACUUUCCAAUAGCUUUCAGUAUCCUCGUCUUCAAAGACCCGCAACACUCUGUCAGACUCCUGCGCGCCAUCUGGCGGCCUCAGAAUGUCUACUGCAUCCACGUGGACGCGAAAUCGAAUGAGGAAAUUAAAACUUACAUCCAGUCUCGUGUGACGUGCCUGGACAACGUGUUUCUGGCUCCCAGGUCAGUUGAUGUCAGGUGGGGGACGUUCUCCGUGCUAGAGGCGGACCUGAUCUGUAUGGAGGCGCUGUACAAACACAAAACACGAUGGAAAUACUUCAUCAACCUCACAGGGCAGGAAUUUCCUCUCAAGACCAAUUAUGAGCUGGUGAAAAUAUUAAAACUGUACGCUGGAGGAAAUGACAUCUUUGGUAAAUUUCACAAGUAUGUAUACCAGAAGACUGGCUUUAGGACGCUUGCCGCAAGGGAAGUCCCCCCCCCCCCCCCCCCCCCACACGGGAUCCGACUCGCCAAGGGGCCGGUCCAUAUCGUUGCGAGCCGGGGCUUUGUGGAGUACACCCUGCACAACGAAACAGCCCGGGACUUCCUCGAGUACACGAAACUGAUGAAAUUCGCAGACGAAUACUUCUUCUCUUCUCUCAAUAACAACCCACACCUUCGGGUUCCAGGGUCUCCAAUAGGUAUUCCAAAAAGAAGAAAAUCUUCCGACUUUUUCGAUUAUUCGAAAGUACGAUUCAAAAUCUUCACCUAUCACAAAAAUGAUCCAGCAUGCACCAGUCGGGUGCGGCAUUACGUGUGUAUAUUCGGUGUUGAUGAUCUCCCCCGACUGACGAGAGCACCGCAUCUAUUCGUGAACAAGUUUCACCAGUCGUACCAACCAUUCGCCUACGACUGUUUGGAACACUGGCUCGUUAAGAAGAUUCACUCUGAGAAGCACGGUCAUCGACAAUUUGACCUUUCAUCUUACAAAAAUAUGUAUUUCAUUAAUAACUGCUAUUGUCCAGAUACAACCCAAUAAACGUAUAUAUUUUAA